AUGAAAAACUUUAUGUCAGGAUAUACAGGAUUUGUACCAAGAUCACGUGGUAUAAUUGGAAUGAGUUAUCCCAUCAUAACCCACGAAGCUUUGAACACAUUCUCCAAUGAAACCUACAGAUCUAAGAUGUUGAGUCAACAACCAGUCAACCUCCAUCAAGAAGAGCAGAAGAUUGUGAACAUGAAACAGAUCUACCCCAAAGAAACUGGUAAAACAGUAAUUCCAAAAGUAGCUAGCUUUGUUUCAAAAAACAAAUCACUCAUUUCAAGCGGAGCGAAAGCCAUCGGCUCAAUCGCUGAAGCGGGAAAGAGUAUAAGCGAUACAGUGAAUCAAUCUAACGAGUUGAAAGAAUUAGAACUAAUAAGAGAACUUCGAAACAAGAGAUUAGAAGAAAGGAAAGGAAAAGGUUUUAAAGUUAUAGGAUAA